AAUCCUCACAGCGAAUGUGCUGUGUUAAUAAAGUUUUUUUUUUCCAAUAGUCCCCCUUUCCUCUUCUAAAGAUGGCGGAGUACGAUCUAACCACCAAAAUCGCGCAUUUUCUAGACCGACAUCUUGUUUUUCCUUUGUUGGAAUUCCUCUCUGUUAAAGAGAUCUACAAUGAGAAGGAACUCCUACAUGGCAAGCUGGAUCUUCUCAGCGACACCAACAUGGUGGACUUCGCCAUGGAUGUGUACAAAAACCUGUUCCCUGACAAGGAAAUUCCACACUCCCUGAGAGAGAAGAGGACCACGGUUGUGGCCCAGCUGAAGCAGCUGCAGUCUGAGACCGAGCCCAUCGUCAAGAUGUUUGAAGACCCAGAGACCACGAGGCAGAUGCAGUCCACCAGAGACGGACGAAUGCUGUUUGACUAUCUGGCCGAGAAGCACAGUUUUCGCCAGGAGUACCUGGACACCCUCUACAGAUACGCCAAGUUCCAGUACGAGUGUGGGAACUACUCCGGGGCUGCCGAGUACCUCUACUUCUUCCGCGUUCUGGUUCCCUCCACGGACCGGAACGCUCUGAGCUCACUGUGGGGGAAGCUGGCCUCCGAGAUACUGAUGCAGAACUGGGAGGCUGCGAUGGAAGACCUCACCCGCCUGAGAGAGACUAUCGAUAACAACUCUGUCAGCUCGCCCCUACAGUCCCUCCAGCAGAGGACCUGGCUCAUCCACUGGUCUCUCUUUGUCUUCUUCAACCACCCCAAAGGAAGAGACAACAUCAUCGAGCUCUUCCUCUACCAGCCACAGUAUCUGAACGCCAUUCAGACCAUGUGCCCCCACAUCCUGCGCUACCUGACCACGGCCGUCAUCACCAACAAGGACGUGCGCAAACGCAGGCAGGUCCUGAAGGACCUCGUCAAGGUCAUCCAGCAGGAGUCGUACACUUACAAGGACCCCAUUACGGAGUUUGUGGAGUGCCUGUACGUGAACUUUGACUUCGACAGCGCUCAGAAGAAGCUGAGGGAGUGCGAGUCGGUGCUGGUGAACGACUUCUUCCUGGUCGCCUGCCUGGAAGACUUCAUCGAGAACGCCCGGCUGUUCAUCUUCGAGACCUUCUGUCGGAUUCACCAGUGCAUCAGCAUCAGCAUGCUGGCGGACAAGCUGAACAUGACCCCCGAGGAGGCCGAGAGGUGGAUCGUCAACCUCAUCCGCAACGCCCGGCUCGACGCCAAAAUCGACUCCAAACUGGGCCACGUCGUUAUGGGAAACAACGCCGUGUCCCCGUACCAGCAGGUGAUUGAGAAAACGAAAAGCCUCUCCUUCCGCAGCCAGAUGCUGGCCAUGAACAUCGAGAAGAAGAUCAACCACAACAACCGCAACGAAACACCAAACUGGGCAACUCAAGAUUCUGGAUUUUAUUAAACCAAUAAUAAGAGGAAAAACUAUCA